UUUAGGUUACCUCCAUUGCUCGCUUUUUGAGUAUGUUAGCGUUAUACGACUGGUUAUUAGUUUUGCGUUUUUGAAAGUGUAAUUGACUAACUCAAAUGUAAAUAGAGACGUUUUAGCAGUCCGUUAUUUUUGUUUAGCCACGCCGCUUGUGACGCGAAUGUGAUGUUAGACGGACACUGGAUUCCAUCUAAGGCUAGCAGCUAACGGUAGCAUCGUGUAUCUGUGCGUCUGUAUUCCGUUGCCCUGAUUCACAACAGCCUUGUCUGUAACUUUUACGCCACAGUUUAGCUUAUACAUCACAGUUCCCUAUACGUUUGGAUUUUUCGGAGCUUCUAAGAAUGCUGGCGACGGGAGCAGUGAGUAUCUCAUAGUUACUGUGUGCUUCCUCUGAGCUAACUUUCCUAACACAACUUGCUUAUUACGUCAACGGCUGUGACUAAUGUCACAGCUCUGGCCCAGGUGGACCGAGAGAAGAUCUACCAGUGGAUCAAUGAGUUAUCCAGCCCGGAGACCAGAGAAAACGCCUUGCUUGAGCUAAGCAAAAAACGAGAGUCUGUACCGGAUCUGGCCCCCAUGCUUUGGCACUCCUGUGGCACCAUUGCUGCUUUGUUACAGGAGAUUGUGAAUAUUUAUCCAUCUAUAAAUCCACCAACACUUACAGCUCAUCAGUCUAACAGAGUUUGCAAUGCCUUGGCACUACUGCAGUGUGUUGCCUCACAUCCAGAGACACGAUCAGCUUUUCUUGCUGCUCACAUUCCUCUUUUCCUUUACCCUUUUCUGCACACUGUGAGCAAAACUCGACCUUUUGAGUACCUCAGGCUCACCAGCCUCGGAGUCAUAGGUGCUUUGGUCAAAACCGAUGAACAGGAAGUAAUUAAUUUCCUCCUCACCACUGAAAUCAUCCCACUUUGUCUUCGAAUCAUGGAAUCAGGCAGCGAACUUUCCAAGACCGUUGCUACUUUCAUAUUGCAGAAGAUUCUGCUGGAUGACACAGGGCUGGCCUACAUAUGUCAGACGUAUGAACGUUUCUCCCACGUGGCCAUGAUCCUUGGUAAAAUGGUGCUGCAGCUCUCAAAAGAACCUUCAGCACGUCUGCUGAAGCAUGUGGUUCGCUGCUACCUCCGCCUCUCGGACAAUCUCAGGGCUAGAGAAGCACUGCGUCAGUGUCUACCAGACCAGUUGAAAGACAGCACCUUUGCCCAGGUGCUGAAGGAUGACACCACUACAAAGCGCUGGCUGGCACAGUUGGUGAAGAAUCUACAAGAAGGCCAAGUCACAGAUGCUAGAGGCAUCCCCCUGGCUCCACAGUAAUGGGGUUAAAGUGUCUACUGACACAGGAGGACUCUUUCAACACUUAUUAGAGUUUGUAUUUUGCCUAAAACUCUGAAGUUAAGGGACUAGAUGGAGAUUUGUUUGCUUUUGGUUGGGUAAAUGCCAGUAUGUCAGUAUCUCCACCAGACCUUAGACACUGGUGAGUUUCUUUUGUUAAGCCAAUAGUGCCAUUAAUAUUUUAGAAAACUAUGUUGGCUUUUUUUCAUAUAAUGGUUUGUCUAUAUACUUCCAAAUCGGUAAUGGGAUUGACUUGCUAGAAUAUCUAACAGUUAAACCACUUGAAAAGGUGCACCAACAAUAACUUAAAUACUCACUGUUUCGACCGUGGGAUGGUGGGCAUGAACAGGUUAGGGACGAUAACAUUACUGAAAAUCAGAAAUGCAGCACAAAUAUACAUCGCACUUAGAUAAAAAGAGUAAGUGUAAAGCAGAAUGCAGCCAGCAAAUGGUGUGUUUCUCCAGUUAAAUGGACGUAAUGAUCUGGAUGUCUGGAAACAUGUUGAGUGAUACUGAUAGUUAUAAUGGAAGGGAGGAAACAAGUGUCUUUCAGCCCUCCUAAUGAAUUUACUCUACGUUGCUCUUAUCCAGUUUAUCACUGUAACCAGCUGCAACAUUCCACUUCAAAAUAGGAACUGUUUUUGACUUGUUUUGUUUCUACCAUUUCAAAUAAGACUUUUAAAUCUUA